GAUGGGCGUUCUGUCCUGGGCCGGGUUCGGGCCCAUGCCAGGCACAGACUGACACAGCUGCUAGCUAGUUACUGUGGCUAACGUACAUUAGCAUCACGCCUUGCCAGUUCUGUCUUGUAAACGCCACUUUUACUGCGUACUCAGCUGAUCACUGUGGUUAACGUUGAUGUGUGGCGUUAUUGUUCAAUUCGAUGUAGACAUGUAUUUUUCAUGGCUGUGUUUAGCUGGUGGGAACAGCGCAUGCUAGCUAACCCAGCUGGUUAUGUAUUUUCAUAUAUUAGUUAGCUAGUAGUAGCUAGCUAUCUUAAUACGUGGAAUACUUAGAACACCCCUUGCGCAGUUGGUCCGUUGCGUCAAUAUCGUCAAAUAGCCAGCGCUGCCACAUAUGGUGGUUAUUGCAUAGUUGGCUAACUUGUUCGAAUGAGCUUAUAUUCGUUUCAGUCUAGUUUGUUAGCAAACCGUGCUCUCUAGCCAGCUAGCUCGAGAAGGUCCCAACAAGCUAGUAAGGUUAGACAUAUAACGUUGACAACGGGCAGUAAUUUACUGAUUCAAUUUCCACGAAAAUAUAAAUUCGCGUGUACCUUUCGAUUUAGAAAUCGUUGCAUGUCACUUUGGCUAGCGAAUUUAAGAGCAUCCCGAAGGGAUUUCUGAACUGUCUAUUUGCAGCACCAUAGCUAGUCGAACCUUGGAGUUGGUGCAGAAAAGACCCAGCAUCAUAAUUGUGGCCCUCUCUGCCCAGUAACCCUGAACUCACCUUUUGGUUAAAUGUCAGGGCAGAGGCUAGACCUCCGGAUACGUCUCAGGGCCACCAAACCGUCAACCACCAGCACCCUCUGGCCUAAUCUCAUUCCCCACAUUUUCCCUGGACAGCCUACAUGGACUGCCAGUUAAAAAUAACCAGAGAUGCCCAAAAGCAGAUGGUGGACCUACAGGCAAGAGCCUAGCCAUCCCAAUCAGGAAGCAGUUAAAUUCAACCCUACUGAUCCCCUCUCAUCUGAAGCAUAGCGACGGCUUCCUGAUUGAGCUCGGAGGUGCGUUCCUCAACCCUCAGUGGGGUGCAUUUGUGUGUCUGUCCUGAGAUGUCAGCAGAGAAGGGCUGCUGAAAGUGUCGUCUGGGGCAUGAGAGAGGGAGCGAGGAAGGGGUGUCACGGCUGAAGCAGUCCCCUGCUGCACCGCCAAUGGAUGCCAAACUGCAAGAGGACCUAUUCCGGAGGUACGUGGUGUGCCUGGAGAGGCGGCUAGAGGACGGAGGGGGGAAUGCGGGCCUUGGGGGAAGCACCUUGGAGGGUGGCAGCGAGGCUCUACUCUCCACGGCCACAGCCCUGCUGGGGGCCUACCAACCAGACCCGGGCCAGAGGUUCCGCAUGGUGCGCUUCUAUGAGGUGGUGGAGAACGCCAUUCGAUGCCUGAGAGGCUGCAGUCUGCAGGGCCUGGAGAGAGCCUUCCUCACCCUGGAGACUCUCUGCACCAACCUGCUGCUCUUCCCCUGGAAGAAAGAGUUCCGCUGCAUCAAGACCUUCACAGGCCCGUACGUCUACCUUCUCCAGUCUGCUGUGUGCGAUGCUGAUCUCCGCUCCCUCCUGCGUUCUAUGGGCUACUCCCGUGACCAUGAGCUCCAGUUCCACGUCCGGGACCACCCAGGUGGCCCAGCCCACCUCCGGCAGCUAGCCUUCGAGCUCUUUCUGGCCCAGGCAGAGUGUCGUCUCCUGGGGGAGGUGGUGGCUUUGGCCCGGGGUUCAGCCUCUGAGCUGGAAGCCCUGGAGCAACGGAGGGGCUGCCGCGAUGACGCGGCCGGCUGUGCAGAGGUCCUCCGACGGCGAGAUAGCCUUGGGGCCGACAUGGCCAGGCUCUCAGUGCGACCGAUGGACAUACCUCACCAUCUGAGGAGAGGUGGAAGACCGUCCAAGUCGGUGGAUGUUACGGAUGGAGCUGGGAAUUGGCACGCAGCCUCUAAGCCUGUUCUGAAAGCCUCUCUGAGCCUGAGGAAGGAGCCUCUGUUUGUGGAUGCAGAGGAGGACAUGAAGGAUGAGAUUAUCAGGCCCAGCACCUCCACUUCCAUGUUCUCUGUGACUGACCCACCUUCCUACAGCCCCAUGCCUGACUUCUUCCCUAUUCAAUCCCUGCCCUCAGUCGACGCUUACUCCUCCUACCACCUCUCCUCAUUGGAUGAAAUUGAUCUGUACACAGAGAGGGGUGGGCCUAGGGUUGGAGGUCGACAGACACCUUCCAGACCUCCAUCCAGGGAGCCCCGGGAUUCCAGGGAUGGCUGGGCACUCAAAACCCACAGUGGACUCACCUCUCCGGGGGUGAAGUGUCAGGGUUGUGGCCUGGGCUGCUCCAGCCUGGCAUCCUGCCCCAGGUGUGAAAUGAUCCUGUGCCAGGCCUGUCACGACAUCGACCCCUCCCCAUGCUGCGGCCUGCAGGACUACCCCAACCCCAAAUCGCCUCGCCCCGUGGAUGGUUACCUCCCCGUCAAGGAGAAGCUGUCAGUCUACUCCAACACCCACUCCCCACACCCCCACAUACACCCUCACCCCCUCACUCCCCCUCACCCCCAGAUGGUGGAGAAACCCCUCAUGGCCACUAAGCUGUUUCCCUGCAAGUCAGUUGCUAUGUCGUCGGCCAUGGUAGCCAAUAGCGACCGCUCAAGCCUAGGGGGGUCGCGGUGCGGGUUCUGUAACAAGCCGGGUGCUUCGCACACCUGCGUGAACUGCUCCAAGGUUUCAUGUGACAUGUGCAUGAGCCUAUACGCUAAAGAUGUGUGCACGCGUAAAAAACCCCAGCAUAGCUUUGUCCCCAACCACCAGCUCAACUUUAAGUCUGGAACCAUAUCACAUCUGGUCUACCGAUGAGCCAGGAACAACAGGGAGAGGACUCUCACUAUUCAAACCUCUCUCAUUUCUAUUUCCCUCUCUUACCUGUUCCUGUUCUCUCUUCCUCCUCAUUACUUUCUCACCCUUCCCUUGAACUCUCUUCCCUUCUCUAUCAGAUGUAUGGCUCUGGAAUAAACACAGGACACAUAGGGAGUCGUAUCUCCUGCCUCUCUCUGCCUUGUAAAAGAUCAGGCUUUUUUUUCAACUGCUUCCUCUUCUUCCUUACCUCACCACCCUGCUCUAGCUUAGUCAUGUGACGUCGUAGCGCUUCCUAACCCCUCAAAUCUAGUCCUCUCCAAGCGAAACGGGAGAAAAAAAGCAAGAGUCAUCCGGCUUGUAGAAAAACAAAACUCAAAUGCUGACUUAACUUCUCAGCUGAGGAGACUGCCCGGUAGAUGUGUCAUAGUCUUCUGGAAUUGGAUUAUGUUCACUGAGGACCCUUUUUAAACUUGAAAAACCAAGGGGGGGACAACAGCCGUAAAUGUACACUGGAAUUCAAUAGUAUAUAUUUUCAAUGGUUAUUCAUUCUGUAGAUCAAUGUAAGACUGUUGGGUGGGGAUGCGUCUGGGGUGAAUGUUUUGGGGGGAUACUUUAAAGGGAUAUUUUGAGAGACAAUGGUCAGAUGCCAUAAUAGUCUAUUUAAAGAACAAUGCCUUGUACAUUUACCCUCAAAUGUUUAAAGUGUAUAGCUAAGGUUUACAUGCUGCUCUUGAAAUGUUGUUUGACUCCUUACUGGUAGAUAACCUAUUCUUGUAUCUGUUCCUCUAUCUAUCCAUAUUCACAACAUACCUAACUCCUCAAGAUGAAAGUGCUACUUCACUGAUAAGUCAGUUUCUAUUGGAGAUGGCUGUUUUUGAAAGCCAGUUAACCGUAAAGCACUCUGGGAAAUGAAGUCUUAAGCCGGUGACAGCCCCAGAACUAUAACAAAACUUCACCCAAUCACUCCAGCAGUGCAGGCAUUGUCAAGGUAUUUUCUGUACUGGCACUUAGACACAAGGUUGUUUCCUUUCCAGGACCAUCUUAACCUUCAAAUCCCAGGUGGAAAAUCUCCAAACUGACUUAGAUCUGCGUUUGGAGACGACUUCUUCCUACUCCCAUUUAGUCAGCAUGUACAGUGCCAGUCAAAAGUUUGGACAUAUCUACUUCUUCCAGGGUUUUUCAUUAUUUUUUACAAUUUCCUGCAUUAUAGAAUAAUAGUGAAGACAACCAGACUAUAAAAUAACACAUGGAAUCAUGUAGUAACCAAAAAAGUGUUAAACAAAUAAAAAUAUAUUUGAGAUUCUUCAAAUAGCCACCCUUUGCUUUGAUGACAGCUUUGCAUACUCUACUCUCUCAACCAGUUUCACUUGGAAUGCUUUUCUAGCAGUCUUGAUGAAGUUCCCACAUAUGCUGAGCUCUUGGCUGCUUUUCCUUCACUCUAUUGUCCAAACCAUCUCAAUUGGGUUGAGGUCAGGUGAUUAUGGAGGCCAGGUCAUCUGAUGCAGCACCAUCACUCACUCUCCUUGGUCAAAUAGCCCUUACACAGCCUGGAGGUGUGUUAGGUCAUUGUUCUAUUGUAAACAGGGGCAGCAGGUAGCCUAGUGGUUAGAGCGUUGGACUUCAUUGAAAAUAAGAGUUUGUUCUUACCUUUUAACUAGGCAAGUCAGUUAAAAUAAAAUGAGUCCCACUAAGCGCAAACCAGAUGGGAUGGCGUAUCGCUUCAGAAUGCUGUGGUAGCCAUGCUGGUUAGGUGUGCCUUGAAUUCUAAAUAAAGUCACUGACAGUGUCAGCAGCAAAGCACCAUCACACCACCUCCAUGAUUCACGGUGGGAACUUCACAUGCGGAUAUCAUCUGUUCACCUACUCUGCGUCUCACUAAGACACGGCGGUUGGAACCAAAUCUUUUUGGACCAAAGGACAGAUUUCCACUGGUCUAAUGUCCAUUGCUAGUGUUUCUUGGCCCAAGCAAGCCUCUUCUUAUUGUUGUCCUUUAGUAGUGGUUUCUUUGCAGCAAUUUGACCAUGGAGGCCUGAUUCACACAGUCUCUGAACAGUUGAUGUUGUCUGUUACUUAAUGUGAAGCAUUUAUUUGGACUGGAAUUUUUGGGGCUGGAAACUAAUGAACGUAACUCUGCAGCGGAGGUAACUCUGGGUCUUCCUUUCCUGUGGCUCAUGAGAGCCAGUUUCAUCAUAGCGCUUGAUGGUUUUUGAGACUGCACUUGAAGAAACUUUCAAAGUUCUUAUUUUUGCGGAUUGACUGACCUUCAUGUCUUAAAGUAAUGACGGACUGUCAUUUUUCUCUGCUUAUUUGAGCUGUUUUGCCAUAAUAUGGAUUUAGCCCUAUUUGGUAAAAGACCAUCUUCUGUAUACCACCCAUACCAUGUCACAGCACAACUGAUUGGCUCAAAAGCAUUAAGUAGGAAAGAAAUUCCACAAAUGAACUUUUAACGAGGCACACCUGUUAAUUGAAAUGCAUUCCAGGUGACUACCACAUGACGCUGGUUGAAGGAUGUCAAGAGUUUGUGAAUGGUGGCUACUUAUAAUCUAAAAUAUAUUUAGAUUUGUUUAGCUUUUUUUUGGUUACAACAUGAUUCCAUAUGUGUUAAAUAGUUUUGAUGUCUUCACAAUGUAGAAAAUAGUAACAAAUAAAAACCCUGUAAAUAUUAGGUGUGUCCAAACUUUUGACUGGUACUGUAUAACCUGACACAGUUCAGUCUGUCUACCGCACAUGGUCAAGAGAGAGCUGCAGCUCAUACAGAACAGGUGUUAUUUAAACUCCACUGAACAUACUCUUGGGCGAAAGUCAUGACAUUUCACACUUGCAAGGUGAACAUUCUGUUUGUGCUGAAAUCCAUGUAUGGUGAGUGAUGUCACAAGUGUUUCUGGAGUACACAUGACUAUCACAUUCAGUCAAGUGGAAGCUUUAGCUCUCCCUCUGAGAUAUCUGUUUAAUAAAGAGUUGUGUUGAUAAGGACACAACACAGGACAAAAAGGGAAGGGUAUUUCUGACUGAUGAACCCAGCUGGCCAUUACUGCCUGAGGCUAUAUUAUACUGUCAACAAUACCUCCAGCUAGAGAAGAGGGGUGAGCAUCUAUUAACUAUCUCCAGACCUAGGCACCAAUCAAUCAAAUGUAUUUAUAAAGCCCUUUUUACAUCAGCUGAUGUCACAAACUGCUAUACAGAAACCCAGCCUAAAACUCCAAACAGCAAGCAAUGCAGAUGUAGAAGCAUGGUGGCUAGGAAAAACUCCCUAGAAAGGCAGGAACCUAGGGAGAAACCUCGAGAGGAACCAGGCUCUGAGGGGUGGCCGGUCCUCUUCUGGCUGUGCCGGGUGGAGAUUAUAACAGUACAUGGCCAAGAUGUUCAAACGUUCAUAGAUUAGCAGCAGGGUCAAAUAAUAAUAUUCACAGUGGUUGUAAGCGGGUGCAACAGAUCAGCACCUAUCCUGCGCUCAGAUGGGUAUGUGCUUUAGUGAAGUCCAGUGAAUUUCAUUGUCAUGCCAUACACACAACGGUGCUCAGAGAAGUUGGCUAAAGGACAUUGAGCACUAGGAACAGGUUACUAGGCAGUUAUUGUAGCUGUGAAAGGGUCUGGAUAGGUAGGCUAUUUUGGAUAUAGCUCAACUAUCUCUGAAUGGAAUCGGCUGUUAAGAAUGUGCCAUAAGUGCAUAGUUGGUAGGGACCAGGGAGUGAUUUGUAAUUGAGCAGCAUAUUAGGUCUGUUGUUAUUCACCUCUAAUAUCCCCUCAUUUUAGAACAAGUCAUCAAAUAAGUAAGCAAUAUGGUUGAUGUAAGAAAUUCCAUCAUAUUGCUCACCUCUUCAAGAUUCAAUUCAACGGAUCCCCAAAGGAGUCUGUUUUAAUAAGGCCAACAUAAAUCUCAAAUUAAGCCUUCAAAAACUUAAAAUACAACCUUUCCUCAUUGGCAUAAUUGCUGAAGUGACUUGGUGAUUAUCUAUGCUUAUUUUUCCCAAUUGCAUUAGAUUUGUUUUUACCUCAAGGGAGGAUGCAUCCUUUUUUAUUUUUUACUGCUGGUAGGUUUAAAUGUCUUUCCUGAGUGGCCUUAGUGCAAUUCACCUUUGACCUUUUUCUCCAUCUAGUGAUGUUUCCUAAAGGGCCAAGGAGAGAAUGGGUAUCUCCCAAUACUAAUUUGUGGUCUCCUUUCCAAGAGCUCUCACCAGGGCCACAAAGCGUCUUAGUGGGAGUGCUGAUCUAGACUCAGUUUAGCUUUUUAGAUCAAAGUGAGUAAUAUUUUAGAGACAAAUGCUGGAUUAGCAGUCCAACUCAGAGACCCUUUGUGGAUGCGGGACCAGGCUCUGAGAGGGCAAGGUGAAUUGAUCUCCAUUUGGCUCUCACCUCCCAAUGUGUGUUUGUCGUACAGACACAGAUUAUCACACAUUUACAAUGCCUGGAAACUUGUUAAACAUCUCAGGAACCAAUAUGAGAUAAUUAAAAUCUCUAAAGAAUCUGUAGUGAAUAUGCAUAACAGAAACAUCUGUUGUCCUCACAGACCCAAAGGAACACAGACAAGAGGCUGUUAAAUUGAUUGCACAUAACCUACUCUAUAUUUUGGCAAGGGGAAACAUUGCUCUAUGGUGCAAAACUGAUUAAAAUGAGAAAUGGAAAAACUAACAGUAAGACCAUGUGGAGAUUUAACUGAGCAGCAUUGAUGUGUAAUUUGACAGGGCUGAACUAAAAGAAUACAUAUUUGGAUCAUCUGGCCUUUUACAUCUUGAUUACAUACUGCAGCUUGUUUCUAGUCUUAGUCAUGGAAUGCACUGAUGAGUUAUUUGAGCACAUUUGGUCAUCCCAAAUGACACCUCUAUUUCCUACAGAGUAGAUAACUUUUGGCAGAAGUUAUCUAGUUCCGGUCAAAAGUAGGGCACUUUUUAGGGAAUAGAGUGCCAUUUGAUAGGCCACCAUUUUUAUUUAUUUUUCCACAAACUUCCUAUGUGACAGAGAAAUCAAUCAUCCCUUGUCCCUCUUCUCACUCUGGUAAUCUCACCAGUAUGAAAAGUGGUGGUGUUGUCUAUAUAGCACUCCCCCUCAUUCACCACAUCAACUCUGUUCCAUCGAGUCCAUUCCAGACAUUACAAUGAGCCUUUCCUCCUAUAUCCCCUCCCACCAGUCUCCUGAACCCCACUAUCAUUACAGGUCAUACAGGGGAGAGGGGAAGGGAAAAUGUUCCAAAUUGUUAGUUGAUGAAAUUAUAUAUACAUCUCUCUAAUAUAUAUAUAUAUAUAACGUCAAUGAAUAAAUGCGAUUUUAUAAAAUAAUUUAAAGAAUAAAUAAAAAACCUG